GCCGUUCCAUCCUCUCAAAGCCCGGAGUGAAUCUUUUUUGCACUGCCCUCCUCUCUCAGUCACGUCCACUCUCACUCUCCCCCUCUUUCACACCAUUCACCUCUUGCCUUCCCUCUCUGAAUCCUUCUGCUCUCUCUUUCUAUCUCCCUGAGGCUUUCUGGAGGAAUUUCUAGCUUAGAGUGCCUGUCAAGCAGUAAGAAGAAGCUCUCAAGAAGACAGAAGACAGACCAGGUGGAGAGACUGAGCAGAGUAGUGGCGUCAGUAUGCCGUGUGUGAGCUUCCUGUUGGUGGGGACUUGCCUGCUGGUCCUCGGCCCGGCUGUUUGGGGCGCCCCCAGCCAGUGCCCGGCUCAGUGUCACUGCCAUGGGGACCUGCAGCAUGUCAUCUGUGACAACGUGGGGCUGAAGAAGAUCCCGCAGGUGUCCGAGGCCACCCGUCUGCUCAACCUGCAAAGGAACAACCUGGGCAGCCUGCCCACUGGCUCCUUCGCCAGCAGCAAGGGUCUCAUCUCGUUGCACAUGCAGCACUGCCAGCUCCAUGAGAUUGGCGGCCAGGCCUUCAAGGGACUCAAAAAGCUAAUCUACCUCUACCUGUCCAACAACGAGAUCACCAGCAUCAAGCCAGGUGCCUUCGAGGACCUCACCGAGCUCACUUACCUCUACCUGGAUGGCAACCGCAUCAGCGACCUGCCCAAGGGAAUCUUCUCACCCAUGAUCAACCUGUUCAUCCUGCAGCUCAAUGACAACAAGCUGCGUGACAUCAAGCCAGGCACCUUCGCCGGAGCCAAAGACCUGCGCUGGCUGCACAUGAGUGGCAAUGAGAUGAACUCGCUGCAGCCGGGCUCUCUGGACGAUGUGGAGAACCUGGCCAUCCUGCACCUGGACAGGAACAGGCUGUCCACCUAUCCUGGCCUGGCCAUGAGCAAGCUGAGAGUGGUGGAGGAACUGAGCCUGGCCAAGAACCCCCUGAGGAGCAUCCCCGACAACGCCUUCCAGAGCUUCGGACGCUACAUGGAGAAGCUGAACCUGGAUGGCAUGGGGCUGGAAAAGUUCUCUGACGCUGCGUUCAAUGGAGUGACGGCCAUCAAGUCUCUGCACCUGGACAACAACAAGCUCAAGUCCCUCCCCAACAGCCUGGAGUUCACCACUAUCACCAACCUCACGCUCUCCAACAACCCCUGGAGCUGCACCUGCAUGCUUGCCCCUCUGCGCAAGUGGAUGGACUCUAGCCGCCAGCGCCCUGAUGCGCUCUGUGCAUCUCCAUCCUCACAGAGAGGAAAACAGAUCAGAGACAGUUCUGCCUUCAGCAGCUGCAAAGUCAAGACAAAGAGAGCCAAGAAGGGCACGCGCCAUUAAAAGAGAACUCUCUGUCUGCUCGUCAGAGUCUGUCCCCUGCUGUUCUUUUUCCAUCUUGGCCUUGGUGUCCUGUCCAGAACAGAACAGUGUGUCCCGGUCAUGGCGUUGACCAGUAGGAGGGCAGACUGUUUGAUUUGGCUGCUGAUGUUUGUCUUUCUACAGGAGACGCUGCCUGAGGGGAAAGGCCUGUCCAGGUGACGGGCUCUGUACGUGUGCAGAGAAAGAAAGAAAGAAAGAAAGCAACUCUAACUGCUACUUCAAGACUGUCCAUACUCACUAUCUGUCAAAUCUCAAUUUCACAUGUACACACAGGAAGUGAUACAUGACACAAACACAUGCACACAAAAAACACAAACAGAAAACCAAAAGGCUUUACACGAAGCAGACUCAAGAAAACACUUGUACACAAGUGGAAGAAUUGUGUGGUUCAGUUAAAAGACAACAUUCACACAACCCACACACACACACAACAUACACACAACCUUUAUCAAUACAAACACACACCUUUCUUUCAUCCCACUCUCUUUUCAACGGCUGAGGAAUUUGUCAAGCAUCCUACAACCAACACAUAGACAAACAGCCAUGUUGACUCUCCUCGACGCCAGCUUUACACCUUCACACCUUCAGCUUUACACCUUCACCUUUCAGGACCCUGCCGCCUACUGCCACAGCAAUGGCCUACAUAAUUCCCCAACUAUGGGUCACUCCGUUGGUCAUGUCUCGCUGUCUCGCUUCUCCUGUGAGAAAUUCUCUGUCAGACUGAGAAAACAUCCUGAAAGGACUGUGACCAUAAAACGGACGUCGACGUAGCGUGACCCCUCUCAAACUCUGACCAAAGGUAAACGAUACAUCACAGCGCAGGCGGCUGAGGACUUUUUCUGAAAGGGUUUAUGAGACAACGGAGCGAUGGCAGGUCAAAGUUGAGAAGGAACAGUCAGAGACGACAUGAACAAAGAGAGGACUCCAGUUCUCCAGCAGUAUCUUUCGUUUAACGAAUGAAUACAUACAAAAGACAAUCUCCCUAGAGAUACAAAGAUACUUUAUUCUUACAUGAAUUAAGUUUAAAAGGGUUUGCAAUGCAUUUAAAUAUGUUAUCACAGGGGGAAAUGGUGUACAGUUCAAAAUGGAUAUGAGAAAAGGUGGCAGAGUUGUCAUGUCUUUGACUAAAUAAGUAAUAUACUAAAUAUUUUGCCUUUUCCAUCCACCCUGCUGUGGCAAUGCUUCAUUUGUUAGCGGACACGCCCAGACACUCUGUGUUACAUUUCAUUUAAAGUAAUUGAUUGACAUUGAAAAAAUAUAUUUUUUACUGCUAAGUCAAUGGAUUGUCCAUAAGCAUCAUAUAAGCAUAAGCAUACUCUGCGAGUAUCAUAACUCUUAAGAUUUGGCUCUUCUUUUUUAUGUAUAUUGAACAUCAUAAAAUGUAUUUUUUUGACUUUUGGAGGUGAACAACUCACAUCCAAUAAACAUUUAAGAAAUAAAGAU